AUGGAUAAAAUUAAAAAAGAAAGUAUGAGCAAGAGUUUUUGUAAAGGAGUAAUUGACUUAACAAUCGAUUCUUCCUCAGAAUCUGAUUUUCAAGUUAUUGAAUUAGACUAUUUGGGAGUUGAUAUAAUGACUUAUCUAAAAUAG